CAAGGAGGAAGAAGAACGCCUCUAGUGGACAGGUUGAGACAAGCCGCGCCAUUAUUUGGAAAGACUCACAAACACGACAGAGCUGGAAGAAGUCAUUCCUUGCUGAUGCGGUCGCCGCGGCGAUGGAGCCAGCGCCCAAGCGUGUGUCGUCGUGGUCGGUGCGGGAGGUUCUGGAGUGGCUUCAGGAGCGCUACCCCAGCCAAGUGGGCGCGCUCCAGAAAGCCGUGAUGAAGCACGCCAUUUCAGGCAGGGCUUUGCUGAGGCUGAGGGAGCAUCACCUGCUCCUGCUGGGGGUGGACGGCGAGGAGCAGCAGCAGGAGAUGCUGCAGGAUCUCCUCCUCCUCAGGGUGCAGCAGGAGGUCGAGGAGCUCAGCGACAUCUGCUCAGAGUGUUUCCCGGCCUAACAGGCAGUCCUUAUUUUUUUUGACAUCCCUUCAUCCUUUCAUCCGUGUGUUGGUGUGUGGGGACGACGAGAUGAGGGUGAUGAGAUGAAGAAAAGUAGAAGAAGAAGGGAUGUCAGACUACGAUGGAUGGAGAAGGAAGAAGCCUCCUGUGCGUGAAAUGAGACCCUGGCAGAUGGAUGUCGUCUCCUGUCAUGAACCGGACCUCCGUUUGGCUUCACUCAGCACAUUUCAUCUUAUUUGUUCUUGUAUUGCUGAAUUAUAUAUGAAUUAUAAAGUGCAUGUGGCGCUGA